AUGGCGACGGUGGUGAAGAGCGUUGUGAAGGCGAUCAGAGAGAGAGGUCUCCGCACCUUCUUAAAGGAGCUAAAGGAAGAUGGCUACGCAAACUGCAUUUUCGAUGGAAACCUCCUGCAAACUAAAAUCCACAACAUUGGGGCAAGGCUUGUAGGUGUUGAUAAAAUUGGCAACAAAUAUUAUGAGAAGCUUGACACUCAAUAUGGAAGACACAGGUGGGUUGAAUAUGCAGAGAAGGGUCGCUACAACGCUUCUCAAGUACCACCAGAAUGGCAUGGUUGGCUGCACUACAUAACUGAUCGUACAGGGGAUGAGCUUCUGAUGCUAAGACCAAGGAGGUAUGGCAUUGAACACAAAGAAAAUUUCACUGGUGAGGGUGAUGAGUUUAUAUACCAUUCCAAAGGGCACAGCCUGAAUCCAGGCCAGAGAGACUGGACCAGGUACCAACCGUGGCAACCAACCAAGCCUUGA